UGCUUAGAAGUGGUUCAAUGCCACUUAGCCCGACUAGGGGACAGAGUAGCCUCCUCUUAAGUGGCAGCCUUCUACAGGUGGAUUAAACUUGCAUUCGACCAGUAUCAAUAAGCCCUUAUCUCAGCAGGACAAAUGUGGUUUGCUUUGGCAACUGUCAAGCAGAGGAAAACAUCACCUGUACACUCUAGAACCUGAUUUCUGGGAGUGUUUCAGGGUCUUGGCCAUCUUGUACAUUUUAUAUUGGCCUCUUUAUAUCAGGCAUCACUGUGCUUAUAAUUCCUGAGGCAUUGGCAAGAACGUCAUCUGCGACCGCACGGCCACGCCCCUGGACGCCUUCCGCAUGAUGUCAGCUGCCCACUACUACCCCAAGCUCAUGAGCAUCAUGGGCAACGUGCUGCGCUUCCUGCCAGCCUUCGUGCGCAUGAAGCAGCUCAUCGAGGAGGGCUACGUGGGUGAGCUGCUGGUGUGCGAGGUGCAGGUGCACAGCGGCAGCCUGCUGGGCAAGAAGUACAACUGGAGCUGCGACGACUUGAUGGGCGGCGGUGGCCUGCACUCCGUGGGCACCUACAUAAUCGACCUGCUCACCUUCCUCACCGGCCAGAAGGCCGUCAAGGUCCACGGGCUGCUUAAGACCUUCGUGAAGCAGACCGACCACAUCAAGGGCAUCCGCCAGAUCACCAGCGACGACUUCUGCACCUUCCAGAUGGUGCUGGAGGGCGGGGUGUGCUGCACCGUCACCCUCAACUUCAAUGUGCCGGGCGAGUUCAAGCAGGACGUGACCGUGGUGGGCUCGGCCGGGCGCCUACUGGCGGUGGGCACAGACCUGUACGGGCAGCGCAACAGCGCCCCGGAGCAGGAGCUGCUGCUGCAGGACGCCACGCCUGUCAGCAACUCCCUGCUGCCCGAGAAGGCCUUCAGCGACAUCCCCUCGCCCUACCUGCGCGGCACUAUCAAGAUGAUGCAGGCCGUGCGCCAGGCCUUCCAGGACCAGGACGACCGGCGCACGUGGGACGGACGGCCUCUCACCAUGGCUGCCACCUUCGAUGACUGCCUGUAUGCCCUGUGCGUGGUGGACACCAUCAAGAGGUCCAGCCAGACGGGCGAAUGGCAGAACAUUGCCAUCAUGACGGAGGAGCCGGAGCUGAGCCCUGCGUACCUGAUCAGCGAGGCCAUGCGCAGGAGCAGAAUGUCCCUCUACUGUUAGCGCAGACUGGGGGCACUCGGGCGCUCAGGCCUUCUGCGCUGGGGAGAGGUGGCCUCGAGGAGUGUGGGGGUGGGGAGGGGGAGGGGCAAUGGGCAUACAUGGCACCUGGGAAGCGGAGGCCCAGGUGAAGGGUCCCAGACAAGACUGUUGGGGGGCUGAGCAGAUAGCCAGGGAGUGUUCAGAGGUCCUGCCCUUCCUGACAUCAUCCCUGCUGGCCAUUUGCAGGAGAGGGAGGAGGUUUGGCUGCCUGUGCUGCCCUUUUCUGUGAGAAGCAAGGAGGGUGGCUUUCCUUCUCAUCUCGCCCACUCCCCACACCUUGGCCUCCUUUGCAAGCCAAAUGCUCCUACAAGGUCAAGUCUCCAUAUCUGAUGGCAAGCUCAGUUGGUGUGGGCUUCCCCCACACACACACCUGGUAGGAGAAAGCACAUCCUCACAAGUCCACACAAGCCUGUUAGUCUGGGGACAGGUGGGGUUGCAGUGGGGCUAAUGACAAAGUUCACAUUCCAGGAAAGCUACUUUAAGUGUCUGAAGGGAAAAGUACUUGACUGCAAAGUACUUUCUUGAUUGAUUGGUCUUCCUCAUAGUAAAAACAAUGAGGAAGUGAACCUAAUUGGUUUCACUCUCUUUCACCUGGCCUGAGGCGGGUAAGGGAGUGCCAGGAAUGGCCAGCCGUGAGACAGGUUCUUUCACCCAAAAGGAGAGAGCAGCAACACACCUUACAUGGAAAUAGAUGAGGCCGAGAAUAAAAUAUCUCUUUGAAUUUUCCAGCAAUUAUAAAACUAUAAGGAGCCACCUUAUAACACUACUUUGGGUGGAGUGAAUUGAGUGUAAGAGGGAUUCAGUACUGAAGCAUUGAGGUUGUCCUUUCAACUGGUUCUUCAGGCAGGGCCAAGGAGACAGCAGGAUGUGUGGGUUUGACUCCAAGCUCAUAUGCUGCCCUCAAGAACUGGAGACAGCUGUGUGCCCCAGUGUUGCUGUGCGAGUUCCCCAGCAGAGGGAAAAAAAGUGAGCCAGCCCUGGACUUGUUUCGUGCUCAAACACCCAUCUUUCCUACCAAGCUGGGGAAGGGCUUUUAGGAGAUUCACCCAGCUUUGUGGAUUUAAAAGCCAAUUCUUCAGUUCCACUCAGAUAUAAUCCUCUUCCUCCCACCCCACGAAAAGGAGUCAAGGCUCUUUUCCUUAGCUUUGGCCUUUGCUUUCACAGUUCUAACAUCUGAAAAAGGUUUAAUACGUAUUAACAAAACAAAAGGACAUCAAGGAACAUAAUUUCCAGUGUUUCUAAAAUAGGAUUUUAGAAGCCUCUCAGGUAUAUCUUUAUGUAGGGUUUGAGAAGCUAAUGUUAAAGAAAACAUAUUAUUCUACUCUUUGGUCUCCUGUCUCUCUUGUCUUAUCACCCUCUGCUUGCAGAGCUUUUAUUGGAGAUGGCAUCCUGCAGGCUCUGCAGGAAGUGCCAAAAGGGAACAACCACACACACACACACA